AUGUCGACGUUUGACGAAGACGAGGCUCUUUUCGAAGACAUCUACGACGAGGAUACCAAAACGGAGACAAAGCCCUCUGAUGCUGCGCCAAAGCUGGAAGAGGCUAAUCCACCCCCUCCACAAGCAGCUCCUCCAGCAGCAGAGCCUCCCGCUCCAGAACCUGUGAAUACAGAACAACCUUCUCAAACCGCAGAAAGCAGUCAACCAGCUGCUGUUCCACCCAGUGAACAGCCAGCCAUCAAUGCACCACAGACUGACAACUAUGCUGCUGGUCAAUACGGGUCAGGUCAGCCUCAACCGCAACAACCUCAGCAACCAGAGCCCAGCAGAAUGCCGCCCUCCAACUUGGGCAGAGAUAGCGGCAAAAUGUUUAUUGGAGGCCUUAAUUGGGAUACAACAGAGGACGGCUUGGUGAGCUACUUCUCCAAGUACGGUGAAAUUGCAGAUUAUACUAUCAUGAAGGACCCUAAUACUGGAAGAUCGCGUGGGUUUGGCUUUUUGACAUUCAGAGAUCCACGGGCGGUGGAUGAGGUCAUUAGGAAAGACCACAUUUUGGACGGCAAAUUGAUUGAUCCGAAGAGAGCUAUUGCCAGGGAGGAGCAGGACAAGGUCGGAAAAAUUUUUGUGGGUGGUAUUGACCCCCUUGUGAACGAAAAAGAUUUUAACGAUUUCUUCUCUCAGUUCGGUCGCAUUAUCGAUGCACAGCUUAUGAUUGAUAAGGACACGGGUAGAUCCGAGGAUUUGGAUUCAUCACAUUCGACACUCCUGAUGCAGUAG